UUUCUGUCCACGGGUUGAAUAGUCUUUGCUCUUCUGUAAUUAAUUGGUGUUUAUUAUAUUUCUUAUAUAAAAGUUUUACUUAUUAAAUAUUGAUAAAAUUAUUUAAAUUCAAAUAAAGAUAAUUAAUUUUCCCGAAACUUACAGAUAAUAAUGAUUUUAGCCUCUUUAUUUAAUUAAGUAAAAUGAAGUUUUUAAUGCACUUACGCAAAUACACACAGUUUCCUCCCAGACGAAGAGUUGUUGUCACAGGUGUUGGAAUAGUAUCACCUUUGGGAACGGGGUCUGAACUAGCUUGGAAUAAUCUAUUAAAAGGAAACUGUGGUAUAAUAUCUCUUAAAGAUGAGGAAUACUCCAAACUACCUAGCAGAGUUGCGGCUAUAAUACCAAUUGACACGGAUAAGGAAAUAGCAAAGGCAAUGUCUAAAUCCAAUUUGAAAUUGAUGGCUCCAGCCACUUGUAUAGCUCUUGUUGCUACUGCCGAAGCUCUUACAGAUGCGAAUUGGAUUCCGAAAUCUGAUGCAGACAAAGAGGUAACAGGAGUAGCACUUGGCAUGGGAAUGAUUGAUCUAAAAGAUGUAUGUGAAACAAAUAAUGCUUUGAAAUUAGGUUACAAUAAAGUUAGCCCAUUUUUUGUACCUAGAAUAUUGCCAAACAUGGCAGCUGGCCAUAUAAGUAUAAAGUAUGGCUUUCGAGGACCCAAUCAUGCAGUGUCUACCGCCUGUGCCACUGGAGCACAUUCGAUAGGUGAUGCAUUUAGGUUCAUAAGAAAUGGUGAUGCAGAUGUUAUGGUCUGUGGAGGUGCAGAAUCUUGUAUAAGCCCUUUAGCUAUUGCUGGAUUUUGUCGUUUAAGAGCUUUGAGCACCUCAUUCAAUGAUACACCUGAAAAGGCUUCUAGACCAUUCGAUAAACUUAGAGAUGGUUUUGUAAUGGGUGAAGGAGCUGCUGUUGUGGUAUUAGAGGAGUAUGAACAUGCCUUGAGGAGGAAUGCUAAGAUGUACGCGGAAAUAUUAGGUUAUGGUCUAUCUGGAGAUGCUUCUCACAUUACAUCUCCAAGAGAAGACGGCAGCGGUGCAAUAUUAUCAAUGAGUAGAGCUUUGCGUGACAGUAACAUAAAAAAUGAAGAGAUAUCAUAUAUUAAUGCACACGCCACAUCUACACCUGUCGGAGAUAGUAUUGAAUCCACAGCCAUCAAAACACUAUUCAAGGAAACUGUUGAAAACUUAAUGGUGUCUUCCACAAAAGGGGCCCAUGGCCAUUUAUUAGGUGCUGCUGGAAACUUGGAAGCAAUUUGGACUAUCUUGGCAUGCUACCAUGGAAUUGUGCCACCUACAAUCAAUCUAGAUGAACCUAUAGAUGAUUUAAACUAUGUAGCAAAUGUUCCACAGAAAUGGAAUAAGGAACGACGGAUAGCUUUAAAAAACUCAUUUGGAUUUGGAGGCACAAAUGCAAGUCUCUGUAUAUCAAGUAUUUGAAUAACAUACCUAUC